AUGGCUCUCAUUCGCUCCUUAGAUUUACUGGACGCAUUUGAGCUGGAACAUAGACAAGUGUUUUUAGAUGAUUUACGCGGAGCUCUCAUCGAACUGGGAUUCUUUAUUUUGACAAAUUUCUCUCAGUAUGGACCAUCUCAAGCAGACUUUGAUGCCAUCACAAAUGAAGCGUUAAAGUUUUUCUCGUCUCCAAAAAAUGUGAAGGAAGAGAUUGAAAUGAUAAAUUCGCCACACUUCUUGGGAUAUACUCGGUUAGGUAACGAAAUCACAGCAAAACAGAAAGAUUGGAGGGAGCAAAUCGAUUUGGCAACAGAACUUCCUGCUCCAGAUAAACACCUUCCUACUUACAGGCAAAUCGAAGGUCCUAACUUAUGGCCUGAUGCAAAGGUACUCCCUCAGUUCAGACACAUUGUAGAAGACUACAUUCGAAAGAUGACAGUUCUCAGUGAAACAAUUCGGAAGCUUGUUGCUUGUGCACUAGGACUAGACGAAAAUGCUUUUGAGUUUUUAUUUAAGAAGAAUCAGCAAUGUAAAAUGAAAUUGGUGUCCUACCCUGAGCGCUCAGCAAGUCUGGAAGAAGCUGAAUCUGGCCAGGGCGUUGGACCACAUAGGGACUCGGACUUUUUGACCUACAUUUAUCAGGCAACUGAACACCAAAACACUCUACAGGUACAGAGCUACAAAGGGGAUUGGAUAUCGGUCGGCCAUGUGAAAGGAAGCUUAGUAGUCAACGCUGGUCAAACAUUGGAAGCAAUAUCAAGCGGUGUAUGCAAAGCAUCGAUUCAUCGCGUGAAUUCACCCCAGCCUGGAUCAGGAACCCGUAUUUCAAUCCCGUUUUUCCUGACUAUCAACUUGGACUCCUACAAGACUACUAUCACGGGGUUCUCCAAUAAGACCAUUGCAAUGAAGGAAGAGAGAGACAACAUAAUCAACGAAUGGGGCGCUGAUGUAGGCUUUCAAUUCGCACCACAAGUUGACAAGGAGCCUGUAGGCCAAGCAGUGUUUCUUAAUCGCAUAAAGGCUCACCAGGAUGUUGCAAAACGUUGGUAUCCAGACAUUUUAGAAAAUGUUCUAAAGCAAUUUUAA